CAUUCUCUCCUUCGCCAGCCAAAGCCUUCCCUCCCGUGCCGCCGCCGCCGCCGCCGCUGCCGCUGUUUGCCUUCCUCCGCCUCCUCCACUUCCUCCGGCUGCCUGCAACGGCAAGCCAUAAACAUUCCCUGGGCUUGCUCUCUCUCUCUCUCCUUCAGCAAGAUGCUCGGUGGGAAAUAUCCGCUCCUUCCCCCCCACCUGCUCGCUCCGGAUGGUACAGUCUGCAGAGGGACUCUUGUAAUGUAGCUCAGUUUAUCAAUCCUUUAACAGAUGCCGAACAGUGAUUACUCCGCUGUGUAAUUGAAAUAAUUUUGGAUUUGGGAUGAUAUCUUAGCCAAGUGUGAAGGAGAAGAUGACCAUGUAGAUGACAACUGCGUGGAUGCAGCAUAAUGGAAAACAGUGAAUGGGGUGGAACUGGCCUGCAACCUUAAAAACCGACCACCUGGUUAAAAGCACACCAGCUAUUUAUUUGUUGCUUUCUCAACGGUUAUUCUCAGAAGCAUAAAGUGGAUUCAUUCUACCGCUUAGGCUGGAACGUGAAUCUCCACACUUGCAAAUUUUAAAGUUGUAUAUAGCACACAGAGUGGAGCAAUAUUAUCAGCAACAAUGGGUGACAUGACAAAUAGUGAUUUUUAUUCAAAGAACCAAAGAAAUGAGGCCAACCAUGCAGGAGAAUUUGGGUGCACACUUGAGGAGCUGCGCUCCCUCAUGGAACUUCGAGGAAUGGAAGCAGUUGUUAAAAUUAAAGAGACAUAUGGGGAUACCGAGGGCCUGUGCAGACACUUGAAGACGUCGCCAACAGAAGGAUUGCCUGGUACAGCUGCUGACUUAGAUAAAAGAAGACAAAUUUAUGGGAAAAACUUUAUACCUCCGAAGAAGCCAAAAACUUUCAUACAGUUAGUCUGGGAAGCAUUACAGGAUGUGACUCUUAUCAUCUUGGAAAUCGCAGCCAUCAUAUCUCUUGGGCUCUCAUUUUAUCAUCCACCAGGAGAGGGAAAUGAAGCCUGUGCUACAUCAAAAGGGGGAGCGGAAGAUGAAGGUGAAGCAGAAGCUGGCUGGAUCGAAGGUGCUGCCAUUCUGCUCUCUGUCAUUUGUGUGGUACUGGUCACUGCCUUUAAUGACUGGAGCAAAGAGAAGCAGUUCCGUGGACUUCAGAGCCGUAUUGAGCAAGAACAGAAAUUUACUGUAGUUCGAGGUGGACAAGUAAUUCAGAUCCCAGUAGCAGAGAUAGUAGUUGGUGAUAUUGCACAAAUCAAGUAUGGUGACCUCCUGCCUUCUGAUGGGGUGUAUAUUCAAGGAAAUGACCUAAAAAUUGAUGAAAGUUCUUUAACUGGAGAGUCAGAUCAAGUCCGUAAAUCCAUUGACAAAGAUCCAAUGCUGCUUUCGGGUACUCAUGUCAUGGAGGGCUCUGGAAGAAUGGUUGUUACUGCUGUGGGCGUUAAUUCCCAAACAGGGAUCAUCUUUACUCUGCUAGGCGCUGGUGAAGAAGAGGAAAAGAAAGAUAAGAAGGGUGUGAAACAGAAGGAUGGACCUCAGCUUCCAGUAGAUUCUUCCCAUACCUCCUUCCAUCCUCCUUCAACUACAGAUGGGGCAGCAGGUGCAAAUGCCACUGAUAAUGCAAAUGCCAGCUUAGUCAAUGGUAAAAUGCAGGAUGGAAAUAUGGAAAACAACCAGAAUAAAGCCAAACAACAGGAUGGUGCUGCAGCAAUGGAGAUGCAGCCACUGAAGAGUGCAGAAGGUGGAGAAGGAGACGAUAAAGACAAGAGGAAGGCUAACAUGCAUAAGAAAGAAAAAUCUGUUCUCCAGGGGAAACUGACUAAGUUGGCUGUACAAAUAGGCAAAGCAGGUCUGGUGAUGUCUGCCAUCACUGUCAUCAUUUUAGUAUUGUACUUCACUAUUGAAAACUUUGUAGUUGAGAAGAAGCCAUGGCUCACCGAAUGCACUCCAGUCUAUGUUCAAUAUUUUGUCAAGUUCUUCAUAAUCGGUGUUACUGUGCUUGUAGUCGCUGUCCCAGAAGGACUUCCCUUGGCUGUUACCAUUUCCCUUGCUUAUUCUGUAAAAAAAAUGAUGAAGGAUAACAAUCUGGUUCGACAUUUAGAUGCGUGUGAGACUAUGGGUAAUGCUACAGCCAUCUGCUCUGAUAAAACAGGGACAUUAACAACCAACCGGAUGACAGUAGUACAAGCCUAUAUUGGAGACGUCCAUUACAAAGAGAUCCCUGACCCAGAUUCUAUUCCAGCCAAAACUCUGGAUUUGCUGGUUAAUGCAAUUGCCAUCAACAGUGCUUAUACUACAAAAGUUCUGCCACCAGAAAAGGAAGGUGGUCUACCUCGUCAAGUUGGCAACAAGACGGAGUGUGGAUUAUUGGGAUUUGUGUUGGACCUAAAGCAAGAUUAUCAGAUCAUCCGGAAUCAUAUGCCAGAAGAAAAGCUUUACAAAGUGUACACAUUUAACUCUGUGAGAAAAUCCAUGAGCACAGUCAUUAAACUGCCCGAUGAGAGCUUCCGAAUGUACAGCAAAGGAGCUUCUGAAAUUGUCCUAAAGAAGUGUUCUAAGAUUCUUAACGCAGCUGGUGAGUCCCGCGUAUUCAGACCUCGCGACCGGGAUGAGAUGGUAAAGAAAGUGAUUGAACCCAUGGCCUGUGAUGGACUGAGAACCAUUUGUGUUGCUUUCCGAGACUUCCCCAGCAGCCCAGAACCUGACUGGGAAAAUGAAAAUGACAUUUUAUCAGAUUUGACCUGCAUUUGUGUGGUUGGCAUAGAAGAUCCUGUAAGACAAGAGGUCCCAGAAGCCAUAAGAAAGUGCCAGCGAGCUGGAAUUACGGUCCGCAUGGUCACUGGGGACAACAUCAAUACAGCUCGUGCCAUUGCCAUCAAGUGUGGGAUCAUUCAUCCUGGGGAAGAUUUCCUCUGCAUUGAAGGAAAAGAGUUUAACAGAAGGAUCCGAAACGAGAAGGGAGAAAUUGAGCAGGAGCGCAUUGACAAGAUCUGGCCAAAACUCCGUGUCCUUGCUCGCUCAUCUCCUACUGAUAAACACACUUUAGUAAAAGGUAUAAUUGACAGCACCCAAGUGGAGCAGAGGCAGGUGGUAGCAGUGACUGGCGAUGGGACUAAUGAUGGACCAGCACUUAAGAAAGCUGAUGUUGGAUUUGCAAUGGGCAUUGCAGGCACUGAUGUGGCAAAGGAAGCCUCAGAUAUCAUCUUGACAGAUGACAACUUCAGUAGUAUUGUAAAAGCAGUAAUGUGGGGCCGUAACGUCUAUGACAGUAUUUCCAAAUUCCUGCAGUUCCAGCUCACAGUAAAUGUAGUGGCUGUGAUUGUUGCUUUCACAGGAGCUUGCAUUACCCAGGACUCUCCUUUAAAAGCUGUACAGAUGCUAUGGGUCAAUUUGAUUAUGGACACUUUUGCCUCACUUGCUUUGGCGACGGAACCACCCACAGAGUCCCUCCUGCUAAGGAAACCAUAUGGCAGAAACAAGCCUCUUAUCUCACGUACUAUGAUGAAGAACAUUCUGGGCCAUGCAGUGUACCAGCUCACGCUCAUUUUCACCCUGCUUUUUGUUGGUGAAAAGAUGUUCAAGAUUGACAGUGGCAGGAAUGCACCGCUCCACUCUCCACCUUCUGAGCACUAUACCAUCAUCUUCAAUACAUUUGUCAUGAUGCAGCUGUUCAAUGAAAUCAACGCACGCAAAAUUCAUGGUGAAAGGAAUGUUUUUGAUGGCAUCUUUAGAAACCCUAUAUUUUGCACUAUCGUACUGGGCACAUUUGCUGUUCAGAUAGUAAUUGUACAGUUUGGUGGAAAACCUUUUAGCUGUUCGCCUUUGGAACUUGACCAAUGGAUGUGGUGUGUAUUUAUUGGAUUGGGUGAACUUGUCUGGGGUCAGGUCAUUGCAACCAUCCCAACAAGUAGGUUAAAAUUUUUAAAGGAAGCAGGAGGGCUCACAUUAAAAGAGGAGGUACCUGAAGAGGAGAUGAAUGAAGACGUAGAAGAGAUUGACCAUGCGGAGAGAGAACUUCGGCGAGGACAAAUCCUCUGGUUCAGAGGGCUUAACAGAAUCCAAACCCAGAUCCGCGUCGUGAAGGCAUUCCGUAGCUCUCUCUAUGAAGGUUUAGAAAAACCAGAAUCUAGAACCUCCAUUCACAACUUUAUGACUCAUCCUGAAUUUAGGAUAGAAGAUUCCCAGCCCCAUAUUCCUCUCAUUGAUGAUGCAGAACUAGAAGAAGACCCUGCACUCAAGCAAAACCCAAGUCCACCCUCCUCACUGAACAAGAACAAUAGUGCUAUUGACAGUGGAAUAAACCUUACGACUGACACAAGUAAAUCAGCUACCUCUUCUAGUCCAGGAAGCCCUAUCCAUAGCCUGGAAACAUCACUUUAGCUGAAAAAGUCACUGCAAAAAUGUUAAUAUAAAUAAUAAUAAUAAUGAUGAUAAUAAUAAUAUAUAUGUAUAUACAUAGACAGAGAUGUAUAAAAAAAAGCUGACUGAGAAGCUGUUUGAACUCCUGUUCCUGUUGAAGGGGGUGGGGGGAAGAAUGAAUCAGUGAUCUCAGUGGUUUUGGGGAAAGAAUGAAGGGGUGAUUUUCAUAUUGCUCUUUUACUCCCCAGCAGAAACAAACAAAAACAAUACAAAUGCUCUCCUGCAUGAAUGUACUAUCCACUCCCGAUCCUCCUUUCUUUUUAUUCCUUAAGCAGGAAAUGCCGAGGACUUGUUUGAGGCUAUUUAUCCAAUGUAAUGGUGUAUGAGGUUUUUUUUUAAAAUGCUUGUGUGGCAUGGACUCUGUUGUAUAGAUUAAUUUAAAUAACCUUUUUUGAAAUUGCAAAGCUUAAAUUGCACAGUAGAUUUGCACCAGUUGGACAGAGGAACCUAAAUAAACAUUUAUGAGACUAUAUAU